AUGGCUGAGGUCGCCCACGCGACACCUCUGCCGAUAGGCGCAUCUGAAACUCCAGCAGAAACAGCAGAGCGAGCAGCACAGGAAGUGAAGCGAUCAGCGAAGAGAACGCGCGAAGUCUUCGCAGCAGACUUUGCACAGCCUGCGGCUCUGCUCAAGCCUCCACAACCAGCAGUCGCACCCCAAGACCCGUCGCCUUACGAACGAGCACAGAAAGCCAGUGUCGCAGCACGGAUACGAAGCGAAUAUGCAGAUGUCAAGGAGUUGCCUGCUGCGCUAGCACAGAAACAGGCCAAUGCGGCGGCAGGACUAGCAGCGAGGAGGAAGAAGCCCAAGACGGAGGAGCAGGCGAGUGACCCACAGAUGGCCAAGAUGAUUGAGGAUGCGUCCACGUCGAGGCAACAACAAGCGCAGACCAACGGCACAUCCAUGGCACUCACGAGGAUAAAAGGCUCAGCUGCUGAGAAACUCCCGCCAAAUGCCAACGGCCCUACACCGCAGCGAAACACACACUCUACGAGCUUGGUUCGGAGAGAUACUGUAAGACAGCAAAAGCCAGAAUGGCAUCCGCCUUGGAAGCUUUUUCGUGUCAUUUCUGGGCAUUUGGGUUGGGUGCGUUCACUUGCGAUGGAGCCUGGGAACGAGUGGUUUGCAUCAGGUGCUGGAGACCGAACUAUCAAGAUCUGGGAUCUGGCAACCGGCACUCUCAAACUCACUCUCACAGGUCACAUCUCUUCUGUACGAGGACUUGCCGUCAGCCCUCGACAUCCAUACCUUUUCAGCUGCGGUGAGGAUAAGAUGGUCAAGUGCUGGGAUCUUGAAACAAACAAGGUCAUUCGACACUACCAUGGCCACUUGUCAGGCGUUUACACUUUGAGCUUGCAUCCAACCCUGGAUGUGCUGUGUACCGGAGGACGAGACGGUGUGGUGCGAGUCUGGGACAUGCGAACCCGAUCGAAUAUUCAUGUGUUGUCAGGACACAAGCAGACUGUCUCCAGCAUCGUCACCCAAGCUACAGAUCCACAGGUCAUCUCCAGCAGUCUGGAUAGCACCGUACGCAUGUACGAUCUCGCUGCGGGCAAGACCAUGGGCGUACUCACUCAUCACAAGAAGGGCGUGCGGUCUCUCGUGACGCAUCCCACGGAGUACACCUUCGCAUCGGCUUCACCAGGACAGAUCAAGCAAUGGCUUUGCCCUAAGGGAGAGUUCAUGAUGAACUUUGAAGGCCACAACAGCGUCAUCAACUCGCUCGCCGUUAACGAAGAGAACGUGCUGUUCAGUGGUGGUGACAACGGCAGCGUAGCAUUCUGGGACUGGAAGACUGGCCACAGAUUUCAGUACGAGGACAGCGUCGCGCAGCCAGGUUCUCUAGAUGCGGAAGCUGGCAUCAUGACCAGCACCUUCGAUAUGACUGGUCUGCGAUUGAUCACAGGAGAGGCGGAUAAGACGAUCAAGGUGUGGAAGCAGGAUGAGAAUGCCACGGAGGAGACACAUCCUCUCGACUGGCGGCCUACGCUAGGCAGACAGAAAUUUUGA